CAGUUAUUGCUCAAAGUUCAACCAAAGAAUACUGUUUAUAGUUAGAGUUAUACUAGCAUGGGGACAGCAAGCAGUAAAGCCGCUAUUGUCGCUACACCGCCGGAGGGCCUUGUUCCAAUGCCUGUUACUACUGAAGUUAUAAGCAUUGCUGAAAAGAUGAAGAAAGAUGCUGAAAAGAAGCUUAAGAUCAAGCCAAGCUACACUACCUUUACUCCUUUGUCCUAUAUAAAGCAAGGAGAAACUGACUACUGCAUAAGAGUUGAGGUGAAUAAUAGUGAAAUGAUUGAUGUCUCUGGUCAAUAUUGUGCUGGUUCUGUCAGAAGAGUUAAAGCAAAGCAUGUUACUGAAGAUGAUGAUCAGACAUUCUUCUAACUUUACAUUUAGUAUUUUUAUCAUUUAAACAUGUUGAAACUUUUAAGAUGAUAUUGACACAAAAAUUGUUCAUAAAAGCCAGA